AUGAAAGGAAGCUGGCCGCAGCCAGGAGGUGCUCUCAAGGCUGCCAAUGAUGGCAUCAAAUCAAAGAUGUGCAGCUUCUGGGAAGACCGAGGAUUUUGUGCAAAAGGCUCCACGUGUUCCUUUGCUCACGGAGCUCAAGAACUUGGAACGCCCGUAGCAUCCGUAGCUCCAUCUGGUCCAUCUGGAGAUGCUGGGAAUGGUGGGCUUUGGAAAACAAAGUCGUGUAAGUUCUUUGACCUGGGAACCUGUCAGAAGGGUUCCAACUGCAACUUUGCGCACGGAGAUCAUGAGCCAGACUUUGCUGGCAGCAAGGCCGAUUCCUGGCUACGUCGCCUGCGAAGCAUCCCCUGGGGUCAGGGCAAAGUGAAGGUGUUUGGCAAGCAGUAUGAGGAGCCCAGGUUGACGUGCUACUUUGGGGACAAGGAGUACACAUACUCUGGACGCACGGUCAAGCCGUUGCCUUGGUCACGCGCAACAAUUCUUCAGGAGAUUAAGAAACGCGUGGAGCAAACCACGGGUGAGACGUUCAACUCCGUCCUUUGCAACAGAUACAGGAAUGGUAGUGAUACAGUUGGAUGGCAUGCUGAUAAUGAAUCGAUUUAUGGUCCAAAGCCGACCAUUGCAUCAGUGACCCUUGGUGCUGAGAGAGACUUUGACUUGCGGGAAGGCAAGGGCGGCACGGGAGCUGGCAGGCUUCGCAUCCGCCUAGCUCAUGGGAGUUUGUUGGUCAUGUCGGGUGCCACCCAAGACCGUUGGCAGCACUCCCUCCCUCGUCGCACAACGGUGAAGGAUGAACGCAUCAACUUGACCUUUCGACGUGUUGUCUAAAAGUGCGGCCGAACAGAGCCAGGCGGUUCCUGAAAGCAAAACGCCGCCAUUCUUUUGAUCACUGGCAUGCGCUUUCACAUUUCUGUACAUUUUUGGGGAUCACGGCCUGGGUAUGCUCAGAGGGCAUGUUCAGGCCAUGUUGGUUUUGUGUCUGAUUGAGCUUGUAAGAGUUGCGUAGGAUGGCAUGUACUGUUGGCGUUGCAAAGGGCCGUUUUACGUUGAGCCUUCAGCUACAAGGACAGCUCAUUGCUACUGCAGACUGUUGGGCCGUGACCAGUAACUCGGUACAGAAGCAAGGAUUGACUGGAUUGAAUUGUCAACCGGUUGUGCGUGCCAUUUGAGUGCGGC